AUGUCACUUCGGCCAAAGGCCCGAACCAGAGAGAGAGAGAGAGAAAAGGACUUACAAAAUAAACAGUUAAUUCGACGAAGCAGUAUUUGGAAAUUCUAAUUAUUUCGAGAAUUCCAUUUAACGUUGGCAACACCCACAAAACGGUUGAAUUCCUCUGUCAUAGUCGGUCAUAGUAGUAAAUAAAAAACAAAUGAAUAUGAGACGAGAAUAACCAAGCGAACUUCCGUACAAUGUGACAUUACGAGUUGUUAGGUGUUAUCUUUAUUUUUGAGGUUACAGUAUAUUUGUAUUAUAGAUCGGCAAAUGGUGUAAUGAAGUGCGUGCAAACACUAUGUUGUAAUGGCAGUGUGUUGUCAGGGUCAAACUGGUGAAGAAUGGGUUAUAAUAUUAAAGUACGGAAGGCGUCUUGAAAAGUCCUGGGAAUGUUCAUUCUACUUUGAAUGUGAUUUGAAGCUUUUAGUGAAGGCAACUGGUGUGAUUCUUCUUUUGGGAGUUGGCAGCUUAGUGUGUUACAAAAUCUGUAACCACUACUGGCCUCGCCCUCGGCCACGCCCACGUCCAUGUCCAAAAGAUACGUUAAUGAUAAUCCAACCUCAGAAUUGUGAGGACCAAUUACUUGAAGAUUUGGAGGACACAGAACUCAGUGAAACUGAGGGUCGUUACUUUGGACCAAGCCCAGUGCCAAGAGAUGGGGACUUUCAAGCUGUCAACAGUAGUUUCCCAUGUUCCAGAUCUGCAUCAGGAUCCACGUACCCUAACAGCUCAACUUCACAUUCUGAUAGUGGUACAUCUGGUGAAGAGGAAGGACGUGAUGCAGAUGUUUCUGAUGGGAGCCAAGGGGAGAAAUCUCCAAAACAUCUCCAUGUGUUACAGCAGCAACAAAAAUAUCAUUUGCGUUGCUCAAGAAACUCAUCCUUACAGCCACGAUUCCGGCCCUUGGGUUCAAGGCGUUUGGGUUCAAGCUCAAGACGUUUUGCCAGGCAGCCACUGGAUAACAAGUCUGGCUGGCUGACUGACAGAAUCAGUAAAAUACUGACCUCCACACCAGACAGGUUGCAGCUGUCUGAAAGUGCAUGGCUUAAUCUUCCAUCAUCUCAAAGCCCAACCAUAAGACUAAGUUGUGCUGAAGCAAGGAGAUUGGGUUCUGAGUUUCAGCUUGAUUUGAGAGAGAAUUUUCGCUUAACUGGGCCUAAACGCUUAAGCCCUGAAGGUGCAGAGACGGAAUGGCAACAAGGCGACCCUGAUGGAGAUAGUAAUGGUACACAAAACUUGCAGUUUGGUACAAGCCUUAUUAGGGAUGAGUCUUAUGAUUCCCUUGGAUUUUCCAAACGGCUGCCCCGUGAUGGUUCCUUUGAUAGCACAUUCUCUGAUUUAAGUCUUGACUUCUUACGAGACAGCUUUGCAGAUGUUGACAAUGGCACAAUGCUGUGCAUGGAAAAACUGCAGCAGGAGAUUGACCAGCUUAAAACCAACUGCCAAGUGAUGGAUGAAGAGUUUGAGAUGAUCAAAUGCAAUCGGAAUCUCCCAGGGAUGUCCAGUCUUAUGAAAGCAAAAGCUUCCAACAGUAGUCUUGCUUCUAGUGCUUUAGAGUCCAACUUGGACACAGAUGCAGGGCAUCAAGAAUUCUCAAAGCAAGAGAAAGCACGUGUGUGCUUUGCAGGCUUGUACAGUCUCACUACCAUAAAAAACAGCACAUCAUCUGAAAUAUCAGAUUAUUUUCCAGCUCCUGUACUAGAUGUGCAUAGCCGGGGAAGCAUUGACUCUGCAGAGUCUCUUGAAUGGGAUUCCCCUAAGAUAGCAGCAAGUCCAGCCAAGAAAUCACAGGAAAGGAAUGUUUCAAGUUCAGCAAAAUAUACAUUGGGGCAUUCUGUUCUUGAAGAUGGUUCCCCAUUAGCAGAGAGGAAACUUUCACGGUCACAAAAUAGUGAAAAAUCUAUAUUGGCGCCAACACCAAGUGAGGAUGAACUAAUGGCAAGUUUGGAGUGGGAUGAAGAGGAUCUAAAGGAGUACCCCGAAAUAGAAGAAGGGGGUAUUACAGUAGUUACUGUAAACACUUUGGAAAGGGAUACAGUAGCAGAGUUGAGUCCAACUGUUUGUAACUUGUCUGAGGAAUCACAGAGCAUAUCCUCAAACCUCAGUUUUGCAGCCAGUCCAAACACAGAAAGAUAUAAAAUGGAAAGCAGCAGCGGUUUUGAAAAUGGCAGCAAAAUGUUUGACUCAUACACUUCACAAAUGGCAAGUGACAUGGAAACGAAAGCCCGGACAUGUUGGAGUUCAGAAGAAUCGGGUUGCAUGGAGUGGGACACUGCAGUGAUGGCUGUUACUGAAUGUGGAGAAAGUGAUCAGAAUUUUAUUCACCAGUGUUGGGAUGAAACAACUGUUUCAGCCCAGAGCAGCAGCAACCCAAGUGAACUGUCAACACCAGGCAGUGAAAAUCUUCAGUCUCUCUCUGCAUUUGUCGCACCUGCUGCAUUAGAGAAUAUUGGUCCAAGGGUGGUUGUGUCUCAGUAUGCUGCUCAGGAAUGGCAAGGAAACACAAAGAAAGCAAUAACAAUAUUGCAGGGCUAUUCAAAGAUUCCUUCACUGUUUGGUCUCCAACAUUUACGCCGGAUCCGAGGGGACAACUAUUGUGGUGUGCGUGCUGCCAUCUUUCAGACCUUGGCUCAGGGACUUAAUGUUCCCAGUGGUGAAAAAACUUUCCACUAUCUGUCAAAUGCCAUCAGCAAUGAGGACUGUAGAUGGUUGCAAGACUGGACAUUUGCUGGUCGCCUGCCAUAUCAUGGUAACAAUGUUCUGCAUGGGAUGGCAGUUUGUCUUCAGAACUUGGAUAAUGUGGCAUCCCUCUUAUCUUCAACAAAUGGAGAUCGAGAAGAAACUUUGGCCACAUUGCUCAAUUCUGAUCCUACAUUAGACCUUCAUGUGGUAGAAGCUGUGAAACUCCACAUGUUACAGUGUGCUAUGGAACUCUAUCAAGGACACAGUAGUGGAUCUGAUAACAUGCCUCUGUUUGCUUCACUCAUGUUUGCGCGUGAUACUUCUGAGACACCUAAACAUCUCAUGAACAAUCAUCUGUGUGACAUUGGAAAUUCUGGUGGUUUGGAGCAGGACUGGGAAAAGGUAGAGAUGUUUCUUCUGGGAUACAUGCUUGGAGUGACAUUACGAGUCAUACGACCUGUGGCCUUUGGAACUGAGGAUUUUAUAUGCUCAUAUCCUGAUUGGAACGAAGGUAACUGGCCUAAAGUUUUUCUUAUCGCAGAAGAUGAUCGACACUACAAUGUGCUGGUUGAGUGAAGAAACUGAUGUAACAAGCACCAUCCAGUGUCUCAACAACAGAUCAUGGUAUAUCUGAAGCAGUGGUAGCAUUCAGAGUAUUCUAAAUAAGUGGUUGGGAAUAUGUCUGUUUGGUAUGAUGCUAGAUUGUUGAUCACUUAAUAUUGUACAAAUAGAUGUUAUUCAUUUAUAUGCAGUAUUAUGUCAGUUACAAAACAUCCCUCUAUGAACAUUAAGUACUGUCAUGUAAAAUA